UCUGUGAGGUCUAGAAUGGACAGAGAGGAAAAUGCCCAGCGAUCCCUCUUUCUUUUUGGCAGGUGGCCUUUAUACAUCCUGGUGCCAGUCCUGUUCUGCAGGGUGGGAGGCUCCAUUCGCAUCCCACAGGAGCUCUUUGGGGAGGUGACUUCCCCUCUGUACCCCAAGCCUUACCCCAACAACUUUGAGACAACCACUGUGAUCACAGUCCCCACGGGAUACAGGGUGAAGCUCGUCUUCUGGCAUUUUGACCUGGAGCCUUCUGAAGGCUGUUUCUAUGACUAUGUCAAGAUUUCUGCUGAUAAGAAAACCCUGGGGAGGUUCUGUGGGCAACUGGGUUCUCCACUGGGCAACCCCCCAGGAAAGAAGGAAUUUAUGUCCCAAGGGAACAAGAUGCUGCUGACCUUCCACACGGACUUCUCCAAUGAGGAAAAUGGCACCGUCAUGUUCUACAAGGGCUUCCUGGCCUACUACCAAGCUGUGGACCUCGAUGAAUGUGCUUCCCAGCUUAACUCAGUUGAGGAGAAUAUCCAGCCCAAGUGCCAACACCUGUGUCACAACUAUGUUGGCGGCUACUUCUGUUCCUGCCGUACAGGCUAUGAGCUUCAGAAGAAUGGGCAUUCUUGCCAGGUCAAGUGCAGCAAUGAGCUGUACACAGAGCCAUCGGGCUACGUGUCCAGCCUGGAGUACCCCCAGCCCUACCCGCCUGACCUGCGCUGCAACUACAGCAUCAGGGUGGAGCGGGGCCAUACCAUCCACCUCAAGUUUCUGGAGCCUUUCGAAAUCGAUGACCACCAGCAAGUACACUGCCCCUAUGACCAGCUACAGAUCUAUGCUAGUGGGAGGAACAUUGGUGAAUUCUGUGGGAAGCAAAGUCCUGCUGCCCUUGAUACCAUCAGCAAUGCCGUGGAUCUGCUGUUCUUCACAGACGACUCAGGGGACAGCCGGGGCUGGAAGCUACACUACACCACUGAAAUCAUCAAGUGCCCCCAGCCCAAGACUCUAGAUGAGUUCACCAUCAUCCAGGACCUGCAGCCUCAGUACCAGUUCCGUGACUACUUUAUUGUCACCUGCAAACAAGGCUACCAGCUCGUGGAGGGGAACCAGGUACUGCUCUCCUUCACAGCUGUCUGCCAGGAUGAUGGCACAUGGCAUCGUGCCAUGCCCAGGUGCAAGAUCAAGGACUGUGGGCAGCCUCGAAGCCUGCCUAAUGGGGCCUUCAAUUAUACCACCACAAAGGGGGUGAACACCUACCAGGCUCGCAUCCAGUACUACUGCCGGGAACCGUAUUACAAGAUGAAGACCAGAGAUGGUAGCAGCGAGUCUGAGAGAGGAAUGUAUACAUGCACAGCACAGGGCAUUUGGAAGAAUGAACAGGAAGGAGAGAAGAUUCCUCGGUGUUUGCCAGUGUGUGGGAAACCGGUCCACCCUGUGGAAGAGAAGCAGCGCAUCAUUGGAGGGCAACAAGCAAAGAUGGGCAAUUUCCCCUGGCAGGCAUUCACCAACAUCCAUGGGCGAGGGGGCGGAGCCUUGCUGGGCGAUCGCUGGAUCCUCACAGCUGCCCACACCCUUUACCCCAAAGAACACAACACCCAAACCAAUGCCUCGGUGGAUGUUUUCCUAGGCCACAUAAGUGUGGAAGAGAUCACAAAACUAGGAAACCACCCUGUCCGCCGUGUCAGCAUCCACCCAGACUACCGCCAGGAUGAGUCCCACAAUUUUGAGGGGGACAUCGCCCUUCUGGAACUGGAAAAUAGUGUCACCCUAAGCCCCAACCUCCUCCCUAUCUGCCUCCCUGACAACGAGACCUUCUAUGACAGGGGUCUCAUGGGCUAUGUCAGUGGUUUUGGGAUAAUGGAGGAGAGGAUUGCAAACGACCUCAGGUUUGUCCGUCUGCCGGUAGCUAGGCGAGAGGCAUGUGAGAGGUGGCUCCGGGGUAAAAAUAGGAACGACGUGUUUUCUCAAAGCAUGUUCUGUGCUGGGGACCCGACUCUAAAGCAGGAUGCGUGUCAGGGGGAUAGUGGAGGGGUCUUUGCAGUGAGGGAUAGGAACAAUGACCGCUGGGUGGCCACGGGCAUUGUAUCCUGGGGCAUCGGGUGUAGCAAGGGGUACGGUUUCUACACCAAAUUACUCAACUACGUGGACUGGAUCAAGAAAGAGAUGGAGGAGGAGGGCUGAGCCCAGAAUUUACUUGGUCAGAAUCCAGAGAGCAGUGUAUAUAUAAAAAAAUUAUCUGACAUUGUUUAUAACCACUAAGAAUCCAUAUUAAAAUCACUGAUGCAGAAAGACA